AUUGAUAGGGAAACAAAAGACAAAGAAUAUCAAGAUCUGAUGUUUGGAAUCAUUAUGAAAAGGUAGAAGUUGUAGAUGGGGAAUUAUUGGCCAAGUGUAAAUAUUGUGACUUUGAGACAGAUGGUUCAAGCAAAAAAGGGACAUCACACCUAAGAAAACACUUUGAAAAUCGUCAUAGAAAAAAUAAAAAUGAUGAUGCUAAAGGGAUGGUAAAUUGUUGCUUGACAACGCACUUUGUUGAUGAUAGUUGGGAAUUGAAGAAGGUGGUUCUUACUUUUAAAAGAUUUGAGAAUGAUUUUGGUGCAAUAUCAUGGUCUAAAGUUAAUGAGAUGGUGCUUUCAGAUUGGAAUAUCAAUAAGGAACCAUGUUCCCUAACAAUCCACAAUUCCUUCUCAAAUGAUGAGAUAGUUCACCAUGAAGAAAAUUCACCUUCUAGUAUUUUCUACCUUAGUUAUGAUAAGUGCAUUAGUGACAUAAAUUAUAUGGCUGAAGAUAUAUCUUUGAAAAGCAUUUAUCAAGUUUACAAGGAGCUGAAUCAUCUACAAAAUAAGUUUGUGUAUGAGGAAAUUUAUGGGGUUGUCGUUGCAAAGCAACACUUGAAUGAGAUUUUUGAUUUUCUUAUAAGUGUUUAUGAUGGAUGUGCAUAUGAGCAGACCAGUAAAAGAGAAGUCGCUACAGCUAUCGGUGAUACAAGUUGUUCAGCACAUCUCAAUGCUAAUGAUAGAGUGUUGGAUUCCUUUCAGAAGUAUUUAGCAACCAAACCAAAUCGACUAGAAUUUUAUCAGUAUCUGGAAGAUGAGGAAUCCUACUUGAUGGAAAUUGACAUAUUAAAAUGGUGGCAAAACAAUAGCUCUAAAUUUCCUACGAUGGUUAAAAAAAUUGUUUCCAACAAUAGUGAUCAAGAUUUGAAGAUCAUAAAUGCAAUCAUAUGCUGUCAAGACUGGUUAGCAUUAGUAAAAACAUGCAAUGAGAAGAGUGAUAAAAAGCUAACAAGGGAGCUAAGAGUAUGGUCAGAAAAGGAUGUUCGAGAAUACUUGGUUUGGGAUUUUACAAAAGAGGAUUUACAACAUUUGAGAAAUUGGGAGAAUCAUAAAAGCACAGGACAAUUGAAGGUCAAAGAAUCAAUCUUAAGUCCUUUUGUCAUCCCUCUAGUUGAUGAUAUUAUCCAUGCAACACCGCAAGUGUAUUAUAUUUUGGAUGAGGCUAUGAAUAUAUACUUUGAUUUACUUAAGAGAAGGUCCGAAAAAAAUCCAAACAUGUUUUUGAAGCACGAUUACGUAGAUUCUUCAACAGUGAGUUUCUUGCUUAAUGGAUGCGAGCCUAUUGUUCCAAGUUGGAUCACUCUCGAGAAACAAAUCAAUACAUGCAAGUUGUUUCUACCAUUUUGUUUGUCAGACCAUUGGACUCUUUUUUGUGCUGACAUCAAGUAUCACAAAUUUGUAUGGUUGAAUUCACUUGGAGAUACUACAGACGUGUCGAGUGUUACUCUAAAACAAAUUAGGAGCUGGUUUGAAAAUAUUUUAUUGCCUGCCAUGGGCUUGAACAGUGUUACGAAUUGGCCUCUCAAUGUUCCAACAGUUAUUCCUAAGCAACAGAAUGGGAUUGAUUGUGGCAUUUUUGUAAUGAAGUAUGCGGAUUGCCUUACACAUGCCAAUUGCAUUGGCUUCCCCUUUUCUCAAAAGGACAUGCCUCCCUUUCGGAGGCGUAUAUUUCUUGAUUUACACAAUCAAAGAAUACAUGUUCCUGAAAGCUUGCAGGGCAAAGCAAAUGGGAUGAUUUUCUAAUCAAUGAUCAUUUUUUUUUCUCUUCUAAUACUUGUAAUGGUCUUCUUCCUUUGUUCUAAUACCAACUGCAAAGCAAAUCUGAUGGGCUUAUUUUCUAAUUAUUGAUCUUUUUUUUUUUUUUUUCUCUUCUAAUGCUUGUAACAGUCUUUUCCCUUUGUUUUGAUACCAUCCUGCAUAGCAAAGCA